AUGACUAGUUUGUUGUAUGGAGACUACGGUUUGGCCUGUAUUGUGGGGCAACUGAAAGUGAUGUACAUCAAUCCCUACCAGAAGAUUGUGAUUGUCAGAGUUGGGAGGGAAUGUCAGAAUAUGGUAGCAUCAGUUCUUCCAUUUAUUGCCAAUAUUGAGAGUGUUCCUCUUAUAGUCAAGACAGUGCACGUGUCUGGAAGUAUUCGUCAGUGUCGACGACAUUUUACGAUAUAUCACAAUGCCCAGACUCGAAAGAUGCUUUGUACAGCUACGAGUGUCGAGGAAAGACAAAAUAUUGUUAAUUCCUUCAACCAAUCCUUGACCAACCUGAAUGAAUUCUACACCUAA